CGGUAUCGAACUAUUUCCGGUUUUAUUUCUAAACCGCAAGAAAACGUCUUGUCUUGUUUACUGUUUUCUUGUAUAAUUUCAGAGUAAACUCAAAGCAAGAUGUCUGAACGAAAAGUUUUAAAUAAAUACUAUCCCCCGACCUUUGAUCCUUCAAAAAUACCAAAAGUAAAAGGGCCAAAGAAUCGAACAUUUUCUAUUCGUAUUAUGGCACCGUUUAAUAUGAGGUGCAACACUUGUGGUGUUUAUAUUUACAAAGGAAAAAAAUUCAACUCUAGAAAAGAAAAUGUAGAUGAUGAAGAUUAUUAUGGACUGAGAAUUUUUAGAUUUUAUAUAAAAUGUCCAUGUUGUGUUUCAGAAAUAGCUUUUAAGACCGAUUUAAAGAAUACAGAUUACACACUAGAAGCUGGUGCCACUCGACUGUUUGAGGCGGAGAAACUAGCACAACAAAUGGCAGAAAAAGAACGACAAGCUCAAGAAGCAGAAGACAUGAAUCCCAUGAAGGUAUUGGAGAACCGAACGAAAGCCAGUCGUAAUGAAAUAGAACAGUUAGAUACGUUAGAGGAGUUACGUGAGAUGAACACACGGAACGCUGCCGUCGAUCAUGAAUCAAUGAUUAAACUUCACACAGCCUACGAAGAGAUGUUGACGAAACUACAAGAUGAAGAAGAUGAAAAUAUUGUACAGUCUAUAUUUGGAAGUAAAGACGAUAAUUUUGUAAAACGACUAGCUGAUUCGGACAGUGAAGAAGAAAUAGAAGAGCCACCCAGGAAGAAAAUGGCUGUGAUUGAAAAACCUACAGAUCUUCUAGCUGAAGACCCCCCAAAAAAGGAACCUAAGAAAUUAGAAUCUUGGCAAAAGAGUGUUGGCGUAAUGGGAAUUAGCCAAUCCAAAAAAGGUUUAGCUGGACUAAUUGUGAAAAAGAAACCCAAAGUAGAAGCAACACAAACAUCUGAAACAAAGACUGUGAAUGGUUCUCAUACUGCAGCAAAUAACCAAUUAGAACAUGUGAUACAAAACACAUCAUUUAAAUCAAAACCUUUAAGUGACAAUACUGCUUCAGUUAAGCCUGUUAGCCAAUCAGAUUCUGCAUCUGUAAAGCCAGUUAGCCAAUCAGAUUCAAAAGCUGUUAUUUCAGGACUGAGUAUGCUGGGAGAUUAUUCGGAUAGUUCAGGAGAUAGUGACUGACAGUUUUAAUUCUAUAUUUAAUCCGGGAUAUGGUUCUAUAAAUGCAGUUUUGUAGAUAGGGGUAACUUAACCCUUUGAAGUGUAAACUCAUAAUAAUGUCACCUUAUGAAGUGAAAAGUGUACAGGCUGUUAACAAAGGAUCGAUCUUACGAUCUAACGUUACCAAGCAAUAAGCACAGUAUCAUAAGAUAGGUUGCCAGGCAACUAAACUUAACCCACAAUAUUGUAAAGAGGAAAGUCUUGGGGGACUUAACUGUACAUGUGCAAUGUUCUGAUAGGAUAAUAAUAUGCAACCAUGUGUAACAUAUCACUGAUAAUAUCAUGUGCCUGUAUAUUUUAUAUAAAACCAAAAUCACAAAUCUGUCUUCAAUAAGAUAUUAUGUUUAACGUGUACUUUAUACCAACACGGGGGGGGGAGCCACAGUGGCUAAGUGGUUAAGACGCUGGCUCACUAGUCUGGAGGUCGGGUUUUCGACCCUUGUCAGUGAUGCAGGAUGGAGGGCCUGACAAGGACAGCUGUGUAGUCCUUCGGAUAGUACGAAAAACUGAGUUCCUGUGUAUACAUUAGCGUGCACGUUGGAAUUCAAUAUGUAGGCCGUGAUGCUAAUUUCUGCGCAAAAUUUCCCUCAUAGCACACUGUAUGGCGUAUGCCCGCCUUCAUUAGCCAAGUUCGGAGCAGAACAGUAGGACGUUAAACCCCAUUUCAUUUCAUAUUUAUAUUCCUGCGAUAUGGAUAUAUUUAUAACAUAUCUUGAUGUCCAAUUGGUCUUACUCCUGGGUGGACAUUUGUCAACUUGUGAAGGACAUGUCCGGCAUCUACUGGUAAAAUACCAUCCCUGAUACAUGUAUGUACUGUACAUUCCUGUCAUAUGGAUAGAUGCCUCUUCAACAUCUCGUACCACUACCCCUCUUUCACUGCCUAGCUAAUAAAAAGCUACAUCAUAAGAUUGAAGGUGGUUUGGGUGGACUAGUGGUUUAACACAUGCACAAGAAAUCGCAAGGUCUGUCAUUGAGUCAAGUUGCGUAGUUUCAGUCCACCGCUUGAAUGUGACGAGUAAGGUCGGUUGUCCAAUCCUGUGAGUUUUCUCCAGUUUCCUCCCACGUCCAAAGACUCCUACAUGCAAGCAAAUUAUUAAGAUAAAAUUGAACCAUAUGUUAGUCACAAAAUGACCAAGUUUGUGUUAAACCUCAUAAGAUUGAAACAUGUCAUCUUGUAACUUUGUAUAAGUCUUGAUAUUCCAGUCUUGAGAAAGUUUGGUUCAGAUUAUCACCAUACAAUGAACACAACAUUGUCACAUGUUUUAUAAAACUAAAAAAACAUUCUGUAAAUAAUAAUUGUUAUCAUUAAAUAAAAAAAUUUUAUUGUCUGUC